AAUGUAUAAUCAGGUGCAGCAAUUACAAUUACAAUUAAGUACUUGUAGUAGCUAUCUGUUUAAUCUGCUUGUUGUUCUGGACCACAAUUUUUUAAUAUUACAGUCUUCUUUGUUUGUUCUUAAUUUCUAAACCCCUAAUUACUGUUACUCUGCUACUGGGGAGUGGGGGGCCAUUACUAAUGGGCUGAUGGUUACCGUCGGUUAUUGAUUAGAUUUUAACACGCCACCCGGAGUAUAAAUCUGUAGUCCCAGUUACUCGUCGUCUUCGUUAUCAUCUGCGUUUGAAAUGUGAAUCAAAAUUAAAAGAAUUUGUUUCUCUCGCAUUGAAUCGCACGCACAUUGGCAGGCUUGCAAUAUGGAGUGUUGAACUUGAACAUAGUUCUCACGUCAGUCAAGUGUGUAGGAAGAACUCGGUUGAGGAUUGCACAAUCGUUUUAUUCCAAGACGGAUUUUCCAAGACGGUUUUAUUCCAAGAGGCUUAUCUGUUGCUGACGAAAGGAAUAACAAAUUGAUUUGUUAAUAUUGAAACCCGUUUGUGUUUUACUGAAAUGCAUCGUAGCCACUCGUUGACAGUGGCCCAGUCGACGACGAUGGAAUCAUCAUAUCCGGAUGCCUACAUGCUGUUGGAAAAAUACAACAGAUUGCUGGAAUCACACCAUAGACUACUGAAAGUGAAUCAGAAUCUCGAGGACAAGCUCCUCAAAGUGGUAACAAACUGUGAAGAACAAAAAGCUGAGAUGAAAAACAAGAUGGAAGCAAUGCAAGAACGGAUGAUCAAUGCGGAACUCCGGUCGGAGCAACUUGAGGAAGAAAAUGUACGAUACCGCAGGGACUGCAACCUGGCCCUGUCCUUGCUGCAGUGCAAUCCCGCUGGAUUUGUCGAUCACGAUUUCCACACCUUGCCGGCUUACGUUCGUUCUAAACUGGAUCCUUCGGAUUCGUCCAGUCUCAGUGGGAGCUUGAACGAUGACGCUUCGGACGAUGAUCGCCCAGUUAAGCCGGCGGCGGACAUUGAUAUCCUUCCCUUACCGUUUCCGCCCAGUGCUGUGAUGGUGCCGGUGCUGAAGAAGCACCACGCCAUCCCACCAUACCGUUCGUCGUCGAACGGCUCCGUGAAUGGGAUCGAUCAGCGGUCUCAGCCAACAUCCAAGCGGAUAUCGGCUGACGCCAUUGCCAGUGUGAUACAGGAAGAUCUGCGAUCGUUGAGUUCGGGUAGUCCCAGUGGCGAUGUGCGCGCCAGGCAGCUCACUCAGAAUCGACAGGUGAAUGGCGCGGGGGAGCCUGGACGAAUAUUACACGUAUAGCGAAACGUUGUUUUGGAAUUUUUGAUUUGUAUUGGAGUUGAAUGACUUGACGCAGUUACGGCGUCGGAAGGGUGUUCGAACCAUUGUUUAUCCAAGUCACAGUAAGCUGCAAGUGUACAGCGGCCCUGGCUAAGAUUCCGUGUAAAAUUUGUGUGAGAUAGAUUUUUGGCUAUGAUAGAUCUUCGAUGCACAAAUAGAGUUUUAGAGAGCUAUCAUACAAUUCCAUGUAACCACAAAUGUCAAUUUGAUAAGGACUUUUUCAUUUGUCGUUACUACUGUGUAUAAUUCAUCUCAGAAUCAAUUUCAGCCCUUUUGGUAUUUUAGUUUCUUAUAUUUCGUUGUAAUCUUUCAUUUUGUAUUGAACUGUUAUCUGCUUCUGUCGUAAAUUUGCUUUUUUUUCCUGGAAAGCAACGGUAUGAUACAAUAAAGGGAAACAACUUGG